AUGGCAAGGAUUAGUGGAGCUCUAGUGCUCCUGGCCAUCGUCCUUCUGGCCCUCUUCGCGGCCAGCAGUCAGGCUCAGAAGAACCAGAACAAGCAGAAGAAGCAGCGUCCCGCCGACUUCCAGAGUAAUACGGUCCAUCACAAGAACAAGCGACCCAAGCCCCAGCAGGCCCAGAAACAGAAGCCCAACAAGCAACAAGUGCAGAAUAUCCAGGAGGAGCCCGCAGUGUUCUCCGUAACCGUUCCCGAAUUGGGCAGGCUUCGCGGUCGCACCUUGAGCACGGAUUGGACGGGCCAGAAGAUAAUGCAGUUCCUCGAUAUUCCCUACGGAAAGGCUGAUCGAUUCAAGCCAGCUGAACCCGCACCAGCUUGGAAGGGCUCUUUACCCGCCCAUCGUCCUCACGCCGGAUGUCCAUCCAUUCAGGAUCUGCUCAUGUUCUCCAAACUGGAGGAAGAAGGCUAUGAUGUGGAGGACUGUCUGCGGCUAACUAUAAACACAAAGGCGAUGGAAGGCAAAUCCAUGCCGGUGAUGGUUUACAUCCAUGGUGACUUUUUCUAUGAUGGCGACUCAGUGGAGGCCGCUCCUGGCUAUUUGCUGGAGCACGAUGUGGUUCUGGUCUCUGUACGUUAUCGCCUGGGACCCUUCGGUUUCCUGUCCACGCUGACCGACGAGAUGCCCGGCAACGCGGCUGUCACUGACAUUAUCCUGGCUCUGAAGUGGGUGCAGAAGCACAUCGCCUCCUUUGGCGGCGAUCCACAACGGGUUACUCUUUUCGGUCAAGUCGGUGGAGCGGCGUUGGUCAAUGUGCUCACCCUAAGUCCUGCGGUUCCGGCUGGACUCUUCCAUCGCGUGAUCUAUCAGUCGGGCACAGCCCUGUCGCCGGCCUUCAUCACGGACUCCCCGCUGGCUGCAACCAAGGCCAUUGGCCGAAUGGCCGGCUGCAAACAGCCUAACAAGGUGGAUCAGCUGAACAAGUGUUUGGGACGCCUAAACACCACUAUGCUCUUGGCUGCCUUCAGCGUGCACGGUGAAAAUCAGCCUUCGCUGGCCGGCGGAGCUUACGGUGGCGUGCAGCUGGUCAUCGGUGGCCCCUCGGGCAUCCUUCCUGAACAUCCUGGACGUCUGCUGGCCGCCGAAAAGUUCCAAGCAUAUCCCACAAUGGGUGGCAGUGUGAAGAACGGUGGAACUUUUAUGCUAAGGGAUAUCUUUUCUGAUAUAUUUAAUGAGACCAUUUUGGACGACAAAAUGACGGGACGGCAGUAUAUUGAUACCAUUAUCGAGCAGGCAAAUGGUGCUGAUCCCACUGGCUCCUGGAGGGAGUUCUCCGACGAAGAGAUUUUCUCUGAGGCCGAUGUCAAGAACGGCACUUUUAAGCGCUUAACUUCGGGUUUGAUUGAUCUGUGCAGCACAAUUUCUCUGAAGAAUCCCGUGCUGCUGGUGCUCCAAGCCAAUGCCAAGAAGUUGCCCAACAGCACCUACCUGUACACCUUUGACUACGAGGGCGAGCAGAACCGCUAUGCGACCAGUGCGGCGGAGGCCAGCUUUAUGCCUUUUGACAUGGGCGUCUCGUUGACGGACGACAAUCUGUAUCUGUUCCCCUGGCCCCGAUUCAUAGCCCUUAACUCCAUUCGAGACAUAAAGGUGGCCCGGCGUAUGGUGGCCCUGUGGACGUCCUUUGCGACUACGGGGGUUCCCCAGGCACCCGGCGUGCCGGAAUGGCCAACGAUGAAUGAUGAGACGGGUCCUUACAUGCGCAUCGGUCGUACCGUCACCUUCAGUGACAACUACCUUGAUGAAUACCGAAUUACCGUGGAGGAUGCAAAGAGUGGCUACAGCCUGGUCAACGAGGACUUUUACGAGUUGGAGUCCGCCCUGGAGGCGGUUGCCAAGCUAGACAAGGAUCAGGCUGCCUUGGAGAAGGAGGAAGAUCAGGAUGACAGUGAGGAGGAGGGCGAGAGGGCUGCCAAUGAGGGCCGUGGGCAGAACCUGGUCUUCAUUGCCAGGAAGUCAACGCGCGUCCAGAAGCAAUAG